UAAAGGACCUCCUUAGUUUUAGUUUGAACGUUUUAAAUUUGAACACAGUUUCUCCUUUCGUCGUCAUGUCUUGUUCGACGUGACGUACGGACACGCUCGACCACGCACGCACAAUGAAGUUCCUCCAUUGCUGUGUGCAAAAUGCGCAAGGUGUUUUAAAAUUUUCACUUUAUUCUUGAAUAUCUGCAAAAUUUUGGUCUCUGCGUGAUCUAAACGUAAUUGGUAAUCAAUGCCAGGUGAAAGAAUAUAUUUUUCAAGGAUGAAGUAAUUCUCAAAUAUAAACAAUAUGGAAGAAUUUUCUACAGAUGAUCCAUCUGCCGUAAAGCGCGACAAGAAAAAUUUGUUGCUGUCAAGCAAAGAUCCUCACUUGUCACAUUUAUUUGGCGAUGACCCUAAAACUCCAAACAGCAUGGGAGGUGGAGACAUGUCUGGUCAGUCCGUCAUGGAGGACAGUGGUCAGUUCCAUGACGAGGAAAGCAGUGAACCAGAGUAUCGUUUAUUCGAAGAGCAAUCCUAUGUCCCAGAUUUAUCUCCGAGCAAUCAAAUGGUGUUGGAUUCUAUUGGAAAUGAAAGUACCACAAAAGAAACUUACAAAGAAACACAGUCUACUGGGAAAGCAUCAGCAACUACGACGCGCAAAGUAACUGGGAAUGGUGGAGGAAGAAGUAAUGGUCCAGCAAAAACCAAACCUUUUCAAUGCAAAGAACCAGGAUGCACCAAGUCUUAUGUGGAUGUCAGAUCGCUGCAGAAACAUGUUGCGAAACUACAUUCUAAUGAUGUCAACAAUAAUUCUGUCAAUUCCUCUGCUAAUAGAAGACCUCCAAUGCUGAUAGAACAGAAGCCAACUGAAACAAUAGCCAACAACACUGCCCAACAGUCAAAAUAUGAAGGAUUAGAUGCAAAUUACACAACCUUAGAUCAACAACAAACGAACAACAACAACUUCCAGUCAACUAUAAAUACGACCAAUAUUCCAUCGGGAUAUAAUAUUAAUGGUCAGCCAAGCUCUGAUCCUGAUGUCAACCUGAUUCAAAGCAACAAUGUCGAUGUUAUGAACGAAACCCAAGAAUUGACGUUCGCAUCACAGGACAACAGCCAUUACAAUAUGCAAUUACUUGCACACAGUGCCCAACAUUUACUGCAGAAUCAACCAGAAACACAAAUAACAAAUCAAUCAUCAGGUACUGAUUACAUUCAACAUCAAAGUAGUUCGGCACUUCAGCAGCUUGCAAUGAGGGUUCAAAUGAGAACUUAUCAGGGUGGUACAACGCAGGAAAAUAUCAGUUCUGCUGCUCCUAUGAUGAUGGCAGGAGAUACUGAUAUACCUGUUAAAAAAGACUAUUUGCCAAUGACUGGUCAGAUAACUGGCGUCCGCGCUCAACUGCGAAAAUCUUUAUCAAGCAGUGGAAAGUUAGAGAAUGUAAAUGUAAUGGCUCAGGAAUGGCCUAGAAUGCAAAUUCCAGUUGACAGAAACAUGAACUCAUCUGUCAGUCAGAACUACUACCUCACGAGAGCACAAUCAGAAGUUGAAAAUGAUUCUUCCAAUAUUGAUAAUGCUCCAUUGCUAAAGAACUUAUUAGAGACAAACAGUUCAAAAAUUGCAAUGGCUGAAGCAAAUGUCAUUGGACAAGAGAACGGUGGAAUGUCCAAUGAUACCAUGUAUCAGCAUAGCCACAAUGUGAUGGGGAAUAGUUGGCCUGGAGCUACUCCACAAAAUAGCUUGCAAUCACCUGUAUUGGUGUCAAAACGAAGCAUGUUCCAGUAUCAAGAGAGUAUCAAUAAUAUGGGGAAAGCAGAGCAGUGUGUGGGGCCGCAACAAAGUCCCCUCAACAGUCCAACAUAUGUUAAUCCGCCACAAUUCCCUGUGCAACACAAUCAAACCACACCCCUUCCACAAGCCAAUGAGCAACAGUUCUUUGCGCCUGAUAACAUUAUGGUUAACAAUAAUAACAACCAGCAGAUGGUGCCAGAGGAUGAAUCUGUGGGUCUCAGCGAACCCCCAAAUUUAAACGAAAUGAUUAAGGAAAGCGAAAACCUUGUAGACUUGAUGGAAGCAGAGGCGAAUUCAAACCAAGGGUCAAUUUUGUCAUUUGCGGAUGCCGGGCAGUCAUUGGACAGUACGAUGGUACCAAGACGAGCGACUCCGCCCCCAGCGUAUCACCUCGAUCCAAAUACUGGUCUUUUAAAUCAAGACAUGGUUGGUCAAGGAAAUCAAAUGGGUCAUCAAAUGUACAUGGCACACAACCAAAUUAAAUCUGAGCCACAAAGUCCUAUGCUUACGAGUCCAAUGGCUAAAAGAAUGUUUUUCAACCAGCAAAGUAACCAUCCUAUGGGAGUCCAUUCUUCUAACAUGCAACCUUUAUCGAGUCCUACUACACCAAUUCACACAUUGCCAAUGCAACCCACAAUGCAGCCGCCUACACCAACUGGAGAUGCUCAAUGGCAAUUUCCUAUGAGUGGGCAGCAACAGAAUUAUGUUGGGGUGCCGCAAUCUCCGAUGGCACAAACUCAACCAAUGGAUCUUGUUAAUCAUGAUAACAAUUUAGUACAAAAUAUCAACUAUCUACCUCAUACGAGACAACCAAAUACUACUGGGAACCCGAAACAACAAAGAAAUCGGCGUCCCAGUGGCAAUUCAGGACGAAAGAAUCCUGAUGGAACAUUAUCAUGCACAAUAUGUGGACAUUCUUUCAGAAGCGUUCCAGCACUUAACGGACACAUGAGAGUACACAGCUCUUCUAAUGAGAAAAAGAACAAGGAUGAGAGACAGAGAAAGGCCAGUGGAAGCAGUAGCGGAGGCAACGGAUCAAAAACACCUCAAUCAUUGUCUUCACCUACGACACCUACGUUUAAUAAUAAAGUCACUCCACCAACUUCGAUGUAUCAGAACGCAGGACCUUAUAAUAACGUGAACGUACCUGCUUACAAUAAUACUUCUACUUUAUAUAACCCAACGCUGAGUAACAUGGAAGGAACUGUAAGAGACUCACCGCUUGUUCACAGACUAACUCCUGGAUUAUAUCCAUAUGCGUUGCAACAUGUUCCACCACCUACAGAUGCAUUACUAGCCGCAGCAAAUCUAUUUCGAUCAGAAACAGACUUAAAUUCGCCUUAUAUGCGUACCACAAGUCAAGAGGAAUAUCAAAGGCAAACUGGGAAUUUACAAACUGUCCCAGAUUUACAAAAUAUUCAUUUAUUGGCUCGGCAGCAAUCUGGAUACCGAUCGACUCCACCUGGAAUGAUUUUAUUUAACCAACCAGGAACUCUAUUGCCUUCUUACUUACAGCAAAACGAUCACUCGCAACCUCAAAGUAUAGCUACAGUACCUUUCGUAACUUUACCUAUGGCGGCUACUUCGAUCGCUGUCGGCAGACAAUCGUUCCCAGGAAGUCCGCAAGAACAGAAUUCUGUAAACUCAAGUCAUUUGGAAAACGUUCAGUACCUUCAACAGCCCUUAAUUCAACAAACGAAUCACAGAAGCACUCCUCUUGCGGAUUUCGCUGAUAUCGCAGUCUUGCACAAUCAAGGACAGUUGUUUUCUGCUAAUUCGAUGCACAAUACAUCAUCUGGUUCUAACUCAAAUCAACAACCAGAUAAUGCAACACAGCAAUUGGUAGAACAACAAACUCAACAUACAGAACCAAUACAGAUGCAAGUUGGAGAUGUAUCUUCCGAUGCCGUCUUGCUUGAUUCAAUGUCGAAGGAAUUAUUAUGGAGACCCGACGCCCACUCCCAAUCAAUGGCAAAAAUGGAAAGAGACGGUUCAUUACCAUUAAAAGAAGAUGAUUUUCUACCGUCAUCUAUGGUUCAAAUGCACAAAACGAGUGAGCAAAUGCAGCAACAGCAAAAUCAAUCAGCAAAUCCUUUCAUAUUUCCCGUUUCUGUACCGGUACCUUGUUCUCGUGAUGAUAGUGCCCCAGUGACAUCUACGACACAUAGUUACUAUCCGCAACACUUUGAUGAAUACUCGAACAAUAUGCCUGCUUUUCAUGAUGAUCCACUUAUGCAAGAAGCUAUUAAUGUGGCAAAUCCCAGUACGAUUCUCCCUAAUUCAAUGAUGGGAGGUAAUCCAAGCGGACUUUCUUUUAGGUCAUUUCGUCAAAGGCACCACAGCGAAGGCUCUAUAUUAAAAAAGACUUGGCAACCUGAGUUACAAUCAGCGAAUGAAUUAAAACCUCUGAAAUCCGAGAUGCUUUCAAAUUACGCCCCUUUUGCAUCAAAAACACCGCCCGCAACUGCAAAUAUAUCAUUUCCCCAAAACAGUCAAAGUUUUAUCAUCUCAAGCGGAGAUUACAAACGAAAGGGUGGUAAUGUAACAGGCAUGGACCAAACCAAAAAAAUUAAACUUGAACAUACAGAAAUGCAUAAACCGAUAGCACCCGUGACAAAAACCGAAAAUCCAGAAGUUAAAAAAGAAGUGUGGACUGUUCCGAAACAAGCACCACCUAACAGACAAAGGCAUCGUAGACACUCCGCUGACAGUAGAUUACCAUAUAGAUCUGGUUCACUAUUCUCAAGGUCUGCUUAUUUAUCAUCGUGUCAAAUGAAUGCAGUUAUGGCUGCAAAAGGUGCUAUGACAGGUGCAGAAUUGAGAGAAAAAAGACGCCCACCACCUCUGAUCAUACCACCAAGCGUCAACGCAUAUUCUAAUGGAACCUUGUAUACUAGUCAUCUGCAUCAUAGAAGGAGACCAAGUGGAGACAGUGCUUCAAGUUGUGGGAAUGAUAAGAUACCCCCAUACACACCACCACCCAUGCUUAGUCCUCUACGUUUCGGUACCGGAUUGUAUUAUACUACACCGGGAACACCAUCAUUUAAGCCUCUUAUGAGACAAACGAGUACAGAUCAUCAUGGCCCAAUAAGUACAAUACCAGAAGAAGAUAUUGAAGAUGAAGAUUUAGUGAGAAGUGCUGAUCCGAAAAUCAACAUUGGAUCAGAGUAUCAAGCAGAACUUCCUAAACUACGUUCACGUCGAAAAUUAAAACAUGAUGUCCAUAAAGCAGAACUUAUAUGGAAACCAACAAAAGAAGUAGCAACUGACAAUAGUACACAAAGCAGACAUGUUGAAGAAUACAUGAAGUUAGCAUGUUCUGCUGCUGUACCAUAUGGUGGAUGUAAUAAGGAAUUUGCUCUUCAUUUACUUCAUAAAAAUAACGGCGAUAUUUUGAGUGCUGUAAGACAACUUCUGAAGAUCAAUGUUAAAAUCUCUUCCAACCAUUGGAUGUCAACAUACAGGUAUACAGGUUCAUCUCGGUGGCAACAAAAAGAACGUCAAACAUUUGAAAGAGCGACAAUGCUGCAUCAUAAAGAUUUUUAUCAAAUUUCAAAAAUUAUUGGAACAAAAACAACGGGCGAAUGUGUAGAUUAUUAUUAUCAUUGUUUAAAACGAAGAAAAAGGAGAAUUCAACGACCAAGAAGAUUUCGACAUGAUAGCGAAGAAGAAGAAAACGUUAAACCUUCCAUCCCAUCACCAAAUGAGUAUGAUUCAAAUAUGAGCGACGAAAAUGAUUUCAUGCAAGAUUAUGUUGUUCCCAAGAAAGAAGAAAUAAUUUUGCAGCCGAAUGUUGAAAUGCAGCAAGAGCACAAGAAUUUAGAAGUCAUCAAACGUUCUCCUCCUUUGACUACUUUUAUUAACGCGGCUCAUGUCAAUCAAAUAUUACCUAGAGGAAUUUCUAAUAAUACUUCCCCACCUCAGGCCACAUACUCGCAACCUUCUCAACACAUUCCUCAGAUGCAUACUUACGCAAGACUUCCGGUACAUUUGCCUACGGAACAAAUACCACAGCAACGACAAUUACCAACAUCCAGGCAUUCUGUUGUUUUGCCGUACGAAUGCAAGUUUCCUAACUGCAAUUUCUCGUUUCCAACUUCUGCUCUGCUUGCUCAACAUCAGAACGUGCAUAAGCCAGUGAAACCAUAUUUAGAUCGAAUUAAUCAGGCAAGUCCUUCUCCAGCAAGUUCCCCCGGUUCUGUUGCAUCAGCUGAUACCGAUGCUCCUCAGUUUCAAUGCCCAAGAUGUGGAAAAACAUUUGCAAAGGUGAAAAGUCGUAACGCACAUAUGAAAACACACGGCAAACUAGCACAAGAAAAGAGAAGACAGAAAGAAGAAGAACAAAAGAGGAAAAUGGAGGAAGCAGCGGCUGCAUGGAGGAACAGGACUCAACCACCUCCCCCACCUCCCAUCCUUGUUCAUCAUUCUUCUGGGAAACCAAGAGAAUUUGUACAAUUUCAAGCUGUUGCUUCACCGUUGACAAAACCAAAUGGAAUGUGAGGAGAUUUCUCACUCAAGUUGAGGAAUAGUUGCAAAUCAGGCCGAAGGUAUCACUGAUGAAGGAGAGAGAUCCCAACAGACUGGGUGGACGAACCUUGCGAGGACCAAAGCCGUUAUAGCAAGAUGGGUGCUCAAAUACAAUCAAAUAAAGAUCUAAGUGUAAAGUGAUCGCAGUCACAAAACUGUCCGUAUUAUCCCAUUGUGGCGAUGGAAGAAUGUCUUUGACAUGUCUCAUCAAUAUCGCAUAUUUGGAUGAAAAACAGUUUAUUAAUGAAUUACAAUGGUUUUUCAAUUUUACAGAUUAUAUGCGAAUUGCGAAGUCGAUUUGUCUAAAAGUGACCUACAAUGUUAUUUUUAUCACAUCCAAUGAAAUAAUUACUAAUUACUGUAUAAAACGUAAUGAAAUAUUAAGUUUUCUGCCUUAAUAUGAUUAAAGCAAAACUGACUGUAGUCUUUUAUGUAAAAUUUCAUGUCAUACACUAAUAGUUCUGUAAUCAAAACUUUUUUAUCUGGGACGAUGAAAUUUUGACCCAUACUACUACUGCACUCGAAAUAAAACCGCGAAAUUUAUGAGAAAGUCAUCUUUGAGAAAAAUUAAUAUAUUUCCAAAAUAUAUUACGCAAUCUACAUUUAAGUCUUUUCGAUCUGAAACAAUUGAAUUUCCUUAUGCUGAUCUGGUAACCAUAGCCUGUGUUAUCAGUUUUCCUCUACCAAGGAAUAAAUAUCAAAAUCCUAUCGUAUAUACUGCUCAUUCGCAACACCUUUGUUUCGUAAUGUGUUGCAAGCUGAAAAUAUUGUUCUUUUCUUCGUUGUUUCUUCUCUCCAACUCUUUUAAUAAUAAUCAUCAUCAGCAUUUUUGAAUAUCUAAAGUAUUUCCAUUCUGACUAUUUUAUGAAAUAAAAUUAAAAAUGAAAAUAUAAAAAUAAUCAAUUUAUUUUUCGAAUAUUGUUCUAUUCUGUCAAGCUUUUUGUCCAAUUUUACGUCGACAAGUUCCUGUGUGAUUGCACUAAAUCUAAACGAUCAUGUAAUUAUGUUUUACUUCUUUACACAAACAUUUUCCUAAGUUCAUAUUGUAUCAGUAAAAAUGCCCUCAAAGUUGUUGUCUAUAUCCUGGUAAUAUAGCCUCGGUGAUCAGUUGAGCAUUCCAUCCAUACCCUAAACCAGGGGUGCAACCUGCGGCCCGCGUGCUAAAUGCGGCCCACAGAGAAAAAUUUUGUGGCCCUCUGAUUGUAAUCCCAAUCCAUCUGCGUUACUAAGCCUAUAACUGGGUUUCAUUUAUAAUCUAUGCCUAUGACGUUACAAUGCUCUAUUUUGCCUGCAACUGAAAGUGCGGCCUACGUUCUCACCCAGUUAUUUGUAUUUGGCCCUUCUGUAUUGAAGGUUGCACACCCCUGCCCUAAACCACACUAACUCUCUAUAGCCAUUGCAAAGUGUUAAGUUCCAUUCGAGUUCCUCCGUCUAUGAAUUGGCUCGCAUUUUUUUUCCUUAUAAAUACUUGUUUAAAUUUUGAUCAAAUUUUUCUUGAACUAGCCUUUAUAAAAAAAGGAUGAAUACCCAUUCUAAAGUUAGUACUUUGGAAGUAGUAACUGAAAUUGAAAUAGCAACCCAGAAUGAAUAACAACAAAAAUACGGCGACAUACUAAACAAAAUUUUUUUUACAAUUUACGAUUUUUGAGAAUGCACAAAAAUGAACUUGCGUAAAUUUUAAAUCAGGUACAAUUUUGUGUAUAAUAGUAUAGUAAGGGUAGUGUCAUUCGUCUUGACCGGAAACAUUUUUACCCACAAUUUAUCUAGUUAUAAUUCAUUAUUAAUUUGAUAUGAAUUUAUUAAAAUAGCGGAAAUAUAAGUUUCGAAUUGAUCUGUUCCGACAAAUGUUCCAAGGUACCGACAUGCUAUAAUCUUGAGUUUUCUGAGCCUUGUUUAUAGUAUAGACACUACUUUUGUCAAUUUGAUAAAUAUACCUCAUGGUUUGCGCUUCUAACAAGAAGGCUUUCUCAAAUACAUAUAUGGUCUUGGUUACACUCAUUGGUAAAGUUAUGGUUACGCCAACUCUAGGCUAUGACUUCAGUAGUAGUUUGGGCGUAUGAAUUUCUAUUUGGUAAAUCAUUUUAUUAUUUUAAUUUAAUAUUUUUUGUCUUUAUUGUAAUUUUUUAUAAUGUACAGACACCGCCAUGUAUUAUUAUUGUUGAUCGGCUAAUUCUAUUCUCUUAUUUUUUCUUGUUAUUUUUGAUUUAUUAUUUUUAAUAGGAAAAACUAUUGCGUUUGUGAAUAAAUGCAUAUUCGAUAAUCAUGUCUUAAAAUCAUAAUUCAUA